AUGGAUAAGUAUGCAGUCGUUUCACUGAUUGGCGAGGGAGCACAUGGAGUCGUCCUCAAAGGCAGACAUAAAGACUCGGGUGAACUAGUUGCUCUUAAAAAGAUUCCUCUCCGUAAGCUGGAAGAAGGUAUUCCGCAUACAGCCAUAAGAGAAAUUAAGGCCUUGCAGUUAAUGUCUUCCCAUCCAAAUAUUGUUCGACUUCGUGAGGUAUUUCCUCACGGAAUGGGCUUUACACUUGUUUUUGACUACAUGGUCACAGAUUUGAGUGAAAUUCUACGUUCUAUCGAAUCGCCCUUAUGCGAGGGAAAAAUAAAAGCCUACAUGGUUAUGCUUCUUAGUGGAGUUGGCUUUCUACACUCAAACAGUAUAAUGCAUCGAGAUCUCAAACCUGCUAACCUCUUAAUUGACAGUAAGGGCGUCUUAAAAAUAGCUGAUUUUGGAUUAGCGCGAUUAUUUUUAAGCAGCGAGAACAAACUUUACAGUCAUCAAGUUGCCACUCGGUGGUAUCGAGCUCCAGAACUUCUCUAUGGUGCAAAGCGGUACACUGAGAGCGUCGAUUUAUGGGCCGUGGGAUGCAUCCUUGGUGAAUUACUUAAUAACUCGCCAUUAUUUCCUGGUGAUAAUGAUAUAGAACAGUUGUGGUUUGUUAUUCGGGUUUUGGGGACGCCUACUGAAAAAAACUGGCCAGGUUUAACUCAACUACCAGAUUACAAUAAAAUCAGCUUCACACCUUGCGAGCCCGUGGCGUUAGAGGAUGUCGUAUUGUCUGCCUCACCGUUGGCUCUCAAUCUACUAAAGAAGUUUUUGUGUUAUGAUCAAAGUAGCCGAAUCUCGGCACAAAAGGCUUUACUCCAUGACUUUUUCCUGACAGAACCGCUUCCGGCAGAUCACCGAGAGCUGUCGAAGCCCAGCACAAGACGAAGCGUUGCAACCACAUUGGAAAGUUGUCUGAAAGCUCCACUCAGCACGUUACUCCCUCCAGCAACUUUCUUUGAUGAGGCAGCUGAAUACCUACACCAUUUAGACAACCCAGAUCCACAAAAUUAG